UGAAGCAUAAAAAUAAGAGUUUAAAACUCAUGUAAUUUUAAAGUUGUAAUAUUUCAAAUAUAAAGGUUUGGUGUAUUUUUGUUGUGUCAUAAAAAUUAUGUCACUGAAUUUAAAGAAUCAAGCUUUUAUGGCUUUUCAAAUUAGUGGCCUUACUCUUCGCAGUGAUGCAGGAAAGUACCUUCUAAGCCUUUUGAGCCCCAUCAAAGAAUGUGAAAGAGGAGAGUGGCUUACAAAGAUUGUGGAAGCAGUGCAACGUCAACCAUUAACAUCAUCUUUUGUUGACAAGACCGUAAUUGAAAAGGCAUUAAAAGAGUUUACUGAUCCUGAAAAGGAAGAAGCUGAAGCCUUUUUAAAUAUUAUUAGUGCCUACUCUGUUCCAGCCUUGGCAUACGACCCUGAAAUGAAACGGUUUACCUCAAAGAAAGAUGCUGGGUCAAUUAAUCUUCAUUCUGAUGCCAAUACUAAAGCAUUCAUCUUCCUACAAAGAUAUGAUUUAGUUUACCAGCGAACUAUACGACACAGCUUGUUUUCUCCACCAGUUAUUACUGGACUUUCACCUUUGCAACCACAGUCUUUCACUCUUAAACCUGUUGAGUUUUUACUUGGAACAUCAUCAAAACAAGGAAAUUUAAUAGUCUUGGGCAUGCUGACUCAGAUGAAAGAAGGAAAAUAUUUCCUGGAGGAUCCCACAGGAGCUGUACCUCUUGAUCUCAGCAAAACUGUAUAUAAAGGUGGUUUGUUUACAGAGAAUAGUUUUGUGCUAGCUGAAGGAGUUUAUGAAGAUAGCAUUUUCCAUGUCUCUGCUCUUGGAUUUCCUCCUCCAGAACCAGCAAGUACCACAUUGCAACAUUUUGGGAAAACUAAUUUUUUUGGGGGUCCGCAUGCUACCAGCGUACGAACAUCAAAGAAGUUGAAAUCCUUGGAAGAAAAUAACUCUGAAGCUAUGUUUAUAUUCUUAUCAGAUGUUUGGUUAGAUAAAAUUGAGGUGUUACAGAAAUUAAAGAUCCUUCUUGCUGGUUUUUCUGAAAUGCCUCCCACCUGUUUUGUUCUUAUGGGAAACUUUGUAUCUGUGCCACAAGGAAUCAGUCAUUCAAAGAUAGUGAAAGAUUGCUUUGAAAAGCUGGCAAACAUGAUAAGUGAAUUUCCACUCAUUGUUCAGAACUCUCAGUUUGUGUUUGUACCAGGACCAAGUGAUCCAGGGUUAACAACUAUACUUCCUAGACCUUCAAUUCCUGGUAAAUUAGUUGAAGAUUUUUGUAAUAAAAUACCAAACUCAGUGUUUGCAACAAAUCCAUGUCGUAUCCAGUAUUGUUCUCAAGAGAUUACUGUUUUUCGAGAAGAUAUGGUUGCAAAAAUGUGUCGUAGCUGUGUGUAUAUGCCUUGGGAACAUGAAGAACAAGUCAAUGUACCAAAUUUGUUUGUGAAAACUUUGGUAGCUAAUGCCCACCUGUGCCCUCUACCACUGAAUGUUGCACCUGUGUACUGGGAAUAUGACCACAGCUUAUGGCUGUAUCCUCUCCCUGAUAUUGUUGUUUGUGGAGACAAAUAUGACCCAUUUUGUGUGACCAAUAAUGACUGCACUUUCAUUAAUCCAGGUUCUUUUCCACACACAGAUUUUUCCUUCAAGGUCUAUCUCCCAUCAACGAGGCAGGUUGAAGACAGUCAGAUUACAGAUGUGCCUUGAACAUGCUGACAUUCCUCAUCAUCUUAGCUUAUGUUGGUUUUUGAACAGUAUUGAAACAGUUAACCGACAAGUGCAUUGUAUGAAAACUGAAGUGGUAUGAAAGAUUAUUACUUUCAGCAUCAAACUGAAAAGUUUGUCUUAAAUCGUGACUGAAAAUACAGUUAAAUUAUUAAUGGGUGAAAUCAAACAUCUGUAAAUUGAAAUGUCAUCAUUGUUUACCUACCUUUGAUUAGUUAGGUGUCAUUCAUCUUUAGCUUGGAAAGAAAAGUUACUUGCAAAAAAAUUUUCAUGUAGCCCAAAAAAACGUUUUAAAACAUCAAUCUGUGAAUUGUAAUUAAACUCUGCAUCAUGAACAGUGACUGACAAACAACAUAGCUGUACAUUUUCUUUAGCAUAUAAUUAUUUUUCAGUAGCAGUAAAAUAACAUAACAUUAAAGAACAACAAUACUCCUUUUGAUCCAUCUAGGCCAUCCUAUUCACUUAAUUAAACACUAAAAAACUCUCUUCAAUUAACUGCAUCCACCACAUGGUGGCAAGCCAUUCCAAAGUCCAAUCACCCUAUUAGAAAAAUGAAGCUUACUUAACUGAAGAUAUGAUUCCUGCUCUGUCAAAAUUUAUAUUUGUGUCUCCUAGUUUUACCAUUCCCACCAUUAUAUAAAAAAAUGAUACAUCAAUACCAUCAAUUCCCUUAACAAUCCUAAACACCUCAAUUAUAUCCCCUCCAUCUCUUAUUUUUUCAAGAGAAAACAAGUUCAGAUAUCCUAACUUAUCCUCCUAUGACAACCUUUCCAUCCCAGUUAUCAUCCUAGUAGCCUUCCUAUGAAUUCUUUACAAUAAUUCAAGGCCCUUUCUAAGGUAAGGAUCCCAAGACUGAACACAGUACUCAAAAUGUAAAUGAACCAGGGGAAACACCAUUUUCAAAAGAAAAGUUUUAUUUACAAAUUUCUAAAAAUGCUUAUAUUUGAAAUUAUUGUAUAUUUCUGUUU